CUGACAGAGGUUUAAGAUAUUGGAGUGAGACGAUGAGGGCAAUACUAUUUUGUGGGGAACUGAGUUUUCUUACCCCUUCUCCUACUCUCUAUAUAUCUCAUGGCAAAAAUUCUACCUUUUUAUAUACACACAAGCACACUUCUUCUCUAAUAUCUCCGAACUAUGCUACUCACAACAAACGAUUCGUUGUUUCUGCUUCUUCAGCUCCAUCACUGAGCGGUUCAGGAGCUGAAUAUUCCGAGCAGUUGGUGGAUGUGGGAGCAGAAAAGAAAAAGAAAAUGAUUGCAGGCAUAGAUCAGGGGGAAUUGGUGGAUCCAAAGCUUUUAGCUGAUCCAGACAGUUGUUUUUAUGAGUUCAAUGGAGUGCAUAUACACCACAAAAUAUGUGAUACUGAAUCCCAAACACAAAGCAUGCUCCAGAGUCACACUGUUUCUCAUCAAAUCAAGAAGGUAGGUUAUCCAAUGAUCCUGUUACAUGGGUUUGGAGCUUCAGUUUUUUCAUGGAAACAAGUUAUGAAGCCUUUGGCAGAGGUUGCUGGUUCAAAAGUUCUUGCUUUUGAUAGGCCAGCCUUUGGAUUGACAUCAAGGGUAAAUUUGUCUAAGCAUCCUUCUUCAGAAACGGAAGACACAAAACCUCUGAAUGCAUACUCAAUGGCAUUUUCCGUGCUUGCUACCCUGCAUUUCAUUAAAUUGCUAAAUGCUGAGAAGGUUAUUUUAAUUGGGCACUCAGCUGGUUCACUUGUAGCAGUUAAUACAUAUUUUGAAGCUCCUGAGCGUAUUGCUGCUCUGAUACUAGUUGCCCCAGCAAUUUUUGCCCCACUUACUGCACCAAAAAUUGUAAAAGAAAAUCAAUCAAGGAAUGAUAACCAAAGGAAAGAAGACAGUUCAAUCAGAAAAAAUCCAAUUUUGGGACUUUACAAGAUGCUGUCCAAGAUUACCAAGUAUAUUGCAGAGGCAAUAACACAAAUGAUGAAGUGGACCGUAGAUAUCCUCAACUCGUUGUAUAGGAAAUCUUUAUCAGCUAUCCUUCGUUCUUCCCUAGCAAUAAUGCUGGUAAGAAUGGCAAUUGAUAAGUUUGGUACUGCUGCUGUUCGAAGUGCAUGGUAUGACCCAAAGCAGGUCUCUGAGCAUGUACUUAGUGGUUAUACAAGGCCUUUAAGGACUAAGGAUUGGGAUAGGGCAUUGGUGGAAUACACUGCAGCAAUGCUUCUAGAUGAGGAAUAUAAAACAAAGACACCACUUUCUAAAAGACUUCACGAAAUAUCAUGUCCUGUUCUGAUUGUAACUGGCGAUACUGACCGAAUAGUCCCUUCGUGGAAUGCUGAGAGACUUUCACGAGUCAUACCAGGAGCAUCAUUCAAAGUAAUUAAGCAAUGUGGCCAUCUUCCCCAUGAAGAAAAAGUGGAGGAAUUCAUUUCAAUUGUUGAAAACUUCCUAAGAAAUUUAGUCGGUGAUUCAAACGAACAAUGUCUACAACAAGCAAUUUGAAAUUCCUACUAAAGCAUCCCAAUAUUUUUUCUGCAUAGAAGAUUCAUAUUGUAUAGGCUGGUGCAAAUGCAGUUUGAUCAGAUUGACUAAGAUUCACUGAAGGCGUAUUGAUGCACACUCAUUAAAUUUAUCAAGCUCGAUGAUCUCUUUCUAGAAGUUGGAAAAAUGCUGAUAAGCAAUAACCUUUAACGCAAUGUUGUUAUAUUACUGGUAGAUUGCUAUAGUGCAAAUCCUCUCUAUGUUUACCAGCCAGAAUGAUCUGUAUCUCCGUUCAAAUUAUUGGCGAUUCAAGCCUAGCAUAAAUGUCUCGGGGAUGUAAAAGGAAUUACGAUUUAACAAGUGGUAUUUAAUUUAUGUA